CGAGUGGAGAUCAGUGUUGCCAGAUCUAGUAAGAUUUCCAGCGCAGAUUUCCCUAAUGCAACCAGUGUUGCCAGAUUGGGCGGGAAAUCGGACCCAAUCUGGCAACACUUGUGGAGAACAACACUGCAUGCAUUGCCAGAGCUAGUGCUAGCACAGCCAGCUAGUCAAUUCAACUGAAUUCUUAACUUCUGGGUGUCAAAAUGAAACUGUACUGUUUAUCAGGACACCCGACGCUGCCCUGCAAUGUGCUCAAGUUUAAAUCCACCACCAUCAUGCUGGACUGUGGCCUGGACACCACGUCCGUCCUGAACUUCUUACCAUUGCCUCUGGUGCACAGUCCCAGACUCUCCAAGCUGCCUGGCUGGGUGUCCAAGGACGGAUCGAUCAACUUGGAAAAGGAGCUGAAGGAGUGUGGUGGCAGAGUGUUUGUGGACUCACAGCCAGAGCUCUGUCUUCCAGAGAGGGAGCUGAUGGACCUGUCCACCAUCGACGUCAUCCUGAUCUCCAACUACCACUGCAUGAUGGCGCUGCCCUACAUCACCGAGCACAGCGGCUUCACCGGCGCCGUGUACGCCACCGAGCCCACGCUGCAGAUCGGCCGGCUGCUGAUGGAGGAGCUGGUCAACCACAUGGAGAGAGUGCCCAAAGCCCAGACCGCCACCUGCUGGAAGAACAAGGAAAUACAGAGGCUGUUGCCAGGGCCGCUGAAGGACGUGGCGGAGGUGUGGGCGUGGAAGAGGUGCUACACCAUCCAGGAGGUCAACUCGGCCCUCAGCAAGGUGCAGCUGGUGGGGUACUCCCAGAAAGUGGAGUUGUUUGGCGCUGUGCAGGUGUCCCCUCUAAGCUCCGGCUACUCAUUGGGCAGCUCCAACUGGAUCAUCCAAUCACAUUACGAGAAGGUCUCCUAUAUGUCCGGCUCCUCCCUCCUCACCACACAUCCACAGCCGAUGGACCAGAGCUCGCUGAAGAACAGCGACAUCCUGAUCCUGACGGGCCUUACGCAGAUGCCCACUGCCAACCCGGACGGCAUGCUGGGAGAGUUCUGCAGCAACCUGGCCAUGACGAUCCGCGCGGGGGGCAACGUGCUGGUGCCCUGCUACUCGUCGGGGGUGAUCUACGACCUGCUGGAGUGCCUGUACCAGUUCAUCGACAGCGCCAACCUGGGCAGCACGCCCUUCUACUUCAUCUCCCCCAUCGCCAACAGCUCCCUGGAGUUCUCCCAGAUCUUCGCCGAGUGGCUCUGCCACAACAAACAGUCCAAGGUCUACCUCCCUGAGCCGCCCUUCCCCCACGCAGAGCUGAUCCAGACCAACAAGCUGAAGCACUACCCCAGCAUCCACGGGGACUUCAGCAGCGAGUUCCGGCAGCCCUGCGUGGUCUUCACGGGCCACCCCUCGCUGCGCUUCGGGGACGUGGUGCACUUCAUGGAGCUGUGGGGCCGAUCCAGCCUCAACACCAUCAUCUUCACCGAGCCAGACUUCUCCUACCUGGACGCGCUGGCCCCCUACCAGCCCCUGGCCAUGAAGUGUGUGUACUGCCCCAUCGACACGCGCCUCAACUUCCACCAGGUGUCCAAGCUGCUCAAGGAGAUCCAGCCGCUCCACGUGGUGUGUCCGGAGCAGUACACCCAGCCCCCGCCCGCCCAGUCCCACCGCUCAGACCUGAUGCUGGAGCUGCCGGCCCCGCCCCUCCCGUACCGCCGCUGCUCCGUGCUCAGCCUGCCCUUCAGACGGCGCUACGAGCGCAUCCACCUGCUGCCCGAGCUGGCCAAGUCCCUGGUGCCCUCGGAGGUCAAACCGGGCGUCUCCGUGGCAACCGUCUCCGGGAUGCUGCAGUCCAAGGACAACAAGCACACGCUGAUGUCGGUGCCCCGCCCCCCCCCGGCCGCCCCCACCAAGAAGAGGAAGCGGGUGGCGGAGGAGCCCCCCGAGCUGCUGGCCCCCAAGCCCCUGCUGAGCGGCGCGGUGCCCCUGGACGGCUUCCUGGCCACCCUGCACAAGCACGGCGUCAGCGAGGUGAAGGUGGAGGAGACGGCCGACGGCCACAUCCUCCACCUGCAGGCGGAGGACGCACUCAUCCAGAUGGAGGCGCACGCCACGCACAUCGUGUGCGACAACAACGAGCCCAUGCGCACCACGCUGCGCGACCUGGUGCUGCGCUUCCUGCAGAAGCUCUGACCCCUGACACGCUCCCGGAAACACCACCCCCUCUGACGUCCUUGUUAAAGGGCCCCUGUUCUGAUACGCCAGAGACGUCCUUCACCCUGGCGACCAUUUUGUUAUUUGGGUGGGAAACCUUCUGGAAUAUUUGGGGAAAACAUGACGAUUAAAUGGGAAUGCCUUCCUGAUGCUUCCCGAUGCUUCCCGGGUGUGGAAACGGAAGGCAGGCCUAGAGGGUCAUGGUUCCUCCAGAGUUCAUAGAAGGUUUCCCCAGCCAGCUAACCAACAUGGCCGCUCGGUGAAGAAGGUCUAGCGGAGCCGCCUCAGCUCCAAACCGCUUCCCAUAGUGACAUCACAAGUGGGACUGUCAUACCAGACGCUUGACGGACAGGUCGAUCAGCGUACCAGUGGCACUCCCACCUAUGAUGUCAUGACAGGGUUUCUUAAUGGCCUCUGACGGCGAAUCAACAGCACUGGUGACUGGGGAGGAAACAAGGGCCCUUUUUAAUGAAUAAUAAAAGACUAAAGCACAGAAACACUAACCCGUGGGAACAGCACCCCCCUCUGGUGGAACAGGUGCUACUGCAGUUGCUCUCUGCCCCCUGAUUGGCUGGUGGCAGGUGACGUCCCUCGGAACAUUGGAGCGGUGGCAGCGGUCGGUCCGGAGGAGGGGGAGCAUGGAGGGUUCGUCUGCAGCCUUGGACUGAUUGGUUGAGGGUGAGGAGGGUGAACUGAGUGCUGAGGCGAAAGGCGAUUGGCUCUUCUGUGUGCCAGCUCACUGCCAAUAGCCUGGCUGGCCGAUGUCAGUAUUUACAGUGUUGUGCUACUGUCAAUCCUACUUAAGUUUUAUUUUAUAAAUUAAUAUUUUGUAUUAAAUAAUUUCAGGUUUAAGAAAGAAA